AUGGAUAGAGAUUUGGAUUUGAUCAUGCAAUUUAAAGACUUGAAUGUGGUGUGUGAGGUGACUGAUUAUAGUGUGAGAUUGGGCAUGUUGAAGCUGACUAGUGGUUUUCUCGGUGAUAUCGGAGAGAUUCAGAAAUUGGAUGUAGCUUUGGUUGAUUGUAUGUCAUCAGUUAACCAAAGUGAAGAUGAAGAGUUUAGAGUUGACGAGAAUGGGAUCCUAAAGUUUAAAAAUAGAGUUUGUGUAUGUGAUGUGCCGGAACUUAAGAAGACUACUUUUGAAGAGAGUCACCGAAGAAGUUUGAGUAUUCAUCCUAAGGUUACUAAAAUAUACCAAGACCUAAAGAAAACAUUUUGGUGGUCGGAGAUGAAGAGAGACGUUGUGUAG